UCAUUAACUUUCUGUGUUGUUUAUAAUACAGCAGCACUAUGGAGGAGGGUGGUCGGUACAAAUCUCCACCGGCAGCACACGAACUUAUAUUCUAUUCCAUCAACAGCCUAGGAGUUCUCCUCCAGACUGCCAACAUUCUCCAAGCUUCCAACAAUACAAAUAUAUAUGAACUCAUGAACAACAUCAGCCUCUUGUGUGGAACUCUUGCGUUGGUGCUACUGGUGCUCCUCCUCGUUCCAGCUUUCGGGUGGUUUACUCUUGCAUGUUGGGCCGUAUAUUUUGCGAUAAUUGGGACCAAGUCCUUCCAAAUCCUAAGAGGACUCUGCACUGCAGCUGUGGGUUAUGUCAGUGAUAAAUACCAAGCCUUAAUAAGACUCUGUACUGCAGCUGUUGGUUAUGUCACUCGCGAGUGAGAGAGAGGAUUGGUUAUGUCACUUUUGAGGUUUACGACUCAUUCGCUUUAAACUCGUUGAAAUUAUUGGCUUGUGUGUGCUUCUGUCAUGAAUUGCGUUUUGGUGCUUUGGGUUUUGUUUGUAUUGCAUAUUGGUGCUUCUGUCAUGAAUUGCGUUUUUUGGUGCUUUGGGUUUUGUUUGUAUUGCAUAUUGGUGCUUCUGUCAUGAAUUGCGUUUUGGUGCUUUCGUCUUGUGAACGGUUUCUUUUGUGAGAGUUGCAACUUAAUCGUACCAAUACUUGAAAGGAUUUUGUGGAAGUGCAGCUGCAGCUGCAGCACCUUUUUAUGCCUCGGAUAAAUUGAAAGAGCUCAUAUUGCAAGGGCUACCUUAACUUAUAGGUUAUAUCACAGUUGAACAAUACCUGAAUGCCACUUAGCCAAUUUAUUCCUCCAUCCCUUAGUCCUUCGUUUAAAUAUCUUGUACAGAAAAC